AUGUCACAGCCAUCUGUCCUUAUCGUUGGCGGAGGCGCCUUCGGGACCUCCACUGCAUAUCAUCUUUCUCAUCGGGGAUACGCCAAUGUCACCAUUCUCGAUCGAUUCGCCGCCCCAUCAAAGGAUGCAGCAGCUACAGAUUUGAACAAAAUCGUGCGUUAUGAUUACCCGAAUCCGCUUUACACAAAGCUCGGACUGGAGGCAAUGAGUGUGUGGAAAGACCAAAACUCACUAUUCCGUGGUAUGUUCCGCGGAACUGGAUGGAUUAUGUCCGCCCAUGAGAUGACUCGUGACUUUUUGAAAGCUGCGUAUGAAAGUGGAGUCAAGCAGAAGCGUGAGGGUGUGAAGUGGAUGAGUAUCGCAGAGACCAAGAGUAAAUGGCCUGAGUUUACGGGAUCGUUUGAUGGCUGGACGAACUUGUGGAGCCCGGAGGCUGGGUGGGUUCCCUCUGGCGAAGCACUUCUUCGGUUUGCAUCCGCAGCCCAGGCAAAUGGUGUCAAGUACAUUUCUGGAGAUGCAGGAUUUGCGAAAAAACUUCUCUUCGAAGCCGACGGGGCUUGUAUCGGUGUUCUGACAGCGAAUGGACAAGCCCACCUCGCCGAUGUUGUCAUCCUUUCCACAGGCGCUAAUACAGCAACUCUUGUGGAUGCGAAGGAUGAGAUUGUUGCUCGAUCCCAUUGUGUCGGUGUUAUUCAACUGACCCCCGAGGAAUGUGAAAAAUACAAAGAUAUUCCGAUUGUGGACGAUUUUGAACAAGGAAUUCUGUUCCCACCCGACGAAAACGGUCUAUUAAAGAUUUGUAGCUGUCGAUUUAUCACCAACUACUACAAUUCAUUCACACCAGGAGCUUCGAUUGGACACUCACAUGCCGAUUACCCCGAAGAUGGUGUUCCUAGACAGAUUGAAGAAGAAAUGCGCUCUUUCGUGCGCGAUAUAAUUCCUUAUCUGGCUGAUCGACCUUGGGUUUCGACAAGGAUGUGCUGGGAUGGAGAUACUAAGGAUGUGAACUUCCGAGUCUGCCCUUACCCCGAAGGCAAAAACCUUUACAUUGCCACUGCCGGCUCUGGGCAUGGAUUCAAGUUCAUGCCUAUCAUUGGCAAAUAUGUUGUGGACAUGCUCGAGGGCACUUUGAGUAAGGAGUAUGCGGAUUUAUGGAAGUGGAGAUUCGGACAAAUCCCGCCUAAGACUGGCAAAGAGCCUCACCCUUGGCCACAGAGAGAUCUGGGAGAGUUAGAUGGAUGGAAAGGAAGAAACAAACGAAUCAUUCAGGGCAAGCUUUAA